AAUAUGAAUUUUCUUUAAUUUUAGGUAACUGUUGAGAAUUUUAUACGAAUUUUAACCGGAAGAUUAUCUCCUAGUACUCCCAGGUCCAAACGCUUGCUUUCUGACGAACACAGCAAUAUUUUGAUUUACAUGACAGGUCAUGGAGGUGAAGGUUUUUUGAAGUUUCAAGAUUCUGAAGAAAUCACAAAUGUGGAACUUGCUGAUGCUUUUGAACAAAUGUGGGAAAAGAGGAGAUAUCGCAACAUCUUUUUCAUGGUGGACACAUGCCAAGCAGCCUCAAUGUUUGCACUUUUUUACUCACCUAAUAUAUUAGCUGUUGCAAGUAGCAAAGUUGGAGAAGAUUCCCUUUCUCAUCAUGGGGAUCCAACAAUUGGUGUGUAUGUCAUUGAUAGAUACACUUAUUAUGCUUUGGAAUUCUUAGAAAAAGUCCAAAAAGGUAGCACAAAGACUAUUGGGCAGUUUCUCCAAGUUUGUCCAAAAAGAGUGUGCAUUUCCACAGUAACUUCCAGGAAAGAUUUAUUUCCUGCUUCUCCUGAUAAGGUUCUAUUGACAGAUUUCUUUGGUAGUGUCCGAAAUGUGGAGUUAACUAAAAACCUGGUGGAUCUCUGGCCUAUGCCUAACAAUACAGCUUAUUCUCAAAAAAAAAUAGUAACUCCAGAACCUCACAAAUGGACUUAUGUAAAACAAUUUUCAGUGGAAUGAUCUAGUUAUUCACACGUAAUUUAUUAUUUUUUUAUAAUUUUUAUCCAUUGUAUAUAUUUCAAUCAUAAUACAGUCAAACUCUUCUAUAAUGACCCCAAUAUAAAGUGAAACUCAGUUGUAGUAAAUGUUUUUAGUCUAAACUGAUAUUUAACUUAAGUUAUUUAUGUAAUGAAUGUUUUUAGUUUAAUUGUUAUGGUAAAUAGCUAUGAAAUUAGUAGUUAAAAAUUUUCUUUUUGCAGGUAUUUAAAUAAACAUUUAAAAAAUGUUUAGCUUAUGCGAUAAUUUAAAACGUCAUAGUUUUACAACUCGUAAGUUAAUUAAGGAUUUUAAUUAAAAAUGAAGUAAUACAUAUUAUAGAUAAAUAUUUAAAACAGAGUCAUUUUGUUAUAAUGACUAAAGUGCAAUUUUCUUCAAGUAUGAUGAAAAUUAAAAUAAUAAACAUCUAAAAAAUUCCAAAAUUUGGAUAGAUAUUCUAAAAAACCCGUUAUAGAGACACAAAAACUUUGAAUAUUUUAAUUCUUAUAUUACAGAGAAUAUUUUAAUUCUUAUUUUACAUUCCAAUUGAAAUUUAAAGAAAUUGAAUUUUUAUUAAAAGAAAUUCGCUGUUAGGAAAUUUAAAAAACUUGAUAAAGCUAAAUAAUUAUUACUUUUAACCAUACGACAGCAUCUAGCUAUUUAUUUAAAGGUUUUGGAUGUUGUGAACAAUUGUUUAUAGUGGACUUAUUAAUGGGAUAACAUUAUAGUGGGGUUCGAUUGUAUUUAGAAGUCAAUUAAUAAUAAUAGGAAAGAAAAAUUAUGACUUGAAAAUAGUUAUUUUAAAUUAAUAUUACUGAACUUUUUUUAGACCAACUUAAUUUUAUAUUGUGUACAAAUUUUGUGUUAAUGUUAUUAUCGAUAUAAUAUAAAAAACUGAGCAUGCUAGUUUCUUUCAAACUGCAAAGUUUAACCCAAUAUUUAAAUUUUUUUAUGUGCAGUUCUUUGCUAUUUAUAAGUAAUGCAUAAUCGUGAAUGAGUUUUUUGUACAAAGAAAAGAAUGGCAUGUAAUUUAGUUUUAUUAUUUGUUAUAACUAUAUUAAACAACAAUAUUAAACUAUAUUUUUACGAAUACAUAUUUAAACAUCAUAAAGAAUUAAACAGGUUAGUUAUUUUCAAAUGUAUUUACAUUUGAUUAUUGACAAUUCCUUUGUAUCUCUUUGCAACAAUUUACAAGUAAUCGUGGAGCGAGACCCUUAUUUUAGAUCAGAAUUAAGAUAGUCUUAAUUUGUGAAAAUCUGGUUAGUGGGGAUUAAGUUAUUCACUGUGUUCCUCUUUUUUGUGCAGUGUACAUAAAUUUUCUUUUUAAAUAUUACUUGGUUAAAUUCAACUUUUCUUAAAUAUAUCCAUUUUUGAUACCUAUAUUUAUAUUAAACACAGAUUAUUUUUUUCCAAUACACAUCACUCACCAUUCAGGUAUCAGUAGGGCAGAUUUCUUGGACGCUCUUUUAGGGCACCAUAUUAGGUGAGCCAACCUUGCUCCCACAGUAAGGACAGAGAAUGUAAGAACAUCUAUGCCUUGUCCGGGAUUUAAGCCCAGGACCUUUCUUAUAAGAGUUCAGCACACUGAUUAUCAUAGAUACAAGUAUUUGGCAGUGUUUUUUUAUAAAUAUUUUUAAUUGUAAACAUUUGGAGGUUUAAUAGUUAAAGUGACAGCAUUGAAUGUUUUUAACCGAACUGUGAACAUUAAAAAUUGUUUAUUUAUCAUUGAAAUGAAACUAGAAUAAAUCAGUUUUAAAAGAUAGACAAAUUAUUAAACUUUUUCUAAAAGCAAACAUAUCUUUGUUAAUUUAAAAAUAAAAUAUUUUCUAAUUACUAUAAAUUGUUUCUUCAAUAUUAAUCCACACACCUCUUACUUGAUUUAGCAAGGUCUCAUACUUACACCUGAAUACGUCAGGCAACCAUUCAUGCUAAUUUAUAAGCAUGUGUCUAAUUUAUAAGCAUGUUUCGAUAUACAUUCCUUAGACUGAUUUGCAUCCAAGUCCUAUGAGGGAUUUUCUGUUUAUGUGAAAUCAAAACGUAUUACAACUAGAAUGUUCAAAUAAAAGAAUUUUUGAUUAACAUUAUUUUUAAAGUAAAAUUUCAGAAAAUGGUUUAAUUGUUUUCAUAACAAGUUGAGUUUUUAAUGGAGAAGUAAGUAACAUAGUUAACACAUUCUAGGUUUUAUAUGGCACAUAAUGAAAUUUAAAUAUUGUUACAAUUUGUUAUAUAUACCGACAUAAAAUGUUUUUUGAAAUAUCCCACAGCUGAAGUUUUAUUUAUUUUUCAACAUUUAUGCAAAAUGCAAGUGUUUUUGUAUGACUUUUCAAUUAUGAGAAGUAAGAUUUUGGUAAAAAAAAAAAGAAUUAGUUUAUUUGUAUUAUUUUGUAAAGACAUUUUUUAAUACAUAUUCAAAAUGUUAUUUAUUUAUCGAUAAUUAAUUUAUUGAUAUUCUCCAUGAAAUUGAAAUAUUCAAAAGUAUGAACUGAAUACUGACUUUCUUUAAAAACACUUAACUAAGAAAAACUAAAUUUGAAAGUAAGCAGUUUGAGUUCAAUGCAAUUUCUAUGAGACUAAUGAUUUAAUUUCAUGUCUAUUGUUAACAAUUUUAAAGUGUUGCAUAUUUUGUAAAUAUAAUUUUUUGUAAUGAUGGCAACAUGAAUAAUCGAAUAUGUAUGUUUUAAGUUGCUUUUGACAUAUUUUGUUGAAAUAAAUAUGUAAAAAAGGAA